UCAAGUAAAAAUAUUUUAAAAUUGCUUGCUCUGGCCUCUGAUUAACACAUAAUUGGAAAUUAGUAACCAAAGUUCAAGUGGAUAAAUCUUGUUUGUUAAAAUUAGGAGGUGUAUGGUUUAUUACGUAUCAACUAAUUUCCCUGCUUGUUUUAAGAUAAAGUUUCUCAUUGGAAUGCUUUUUUAAAUUAAAACCAAAUGGGCAGUGAAUUAAAUCUUUCAACUACGGAAUCCAGUUUUUUAAGCAGAGCAUGGAUUGGAAAUAUUUUUUCCAUAAUUUGGAAUUGGACUGGAGUAUGGUUCAGCUGGACAAGGCAAUCUGACACAAUGCUAAGGAAUAUCGAGAAGACUAUACUAUCAUGUGUCAAAACAGCAUAUAAGCGUUUCUAUGUGGACAUAGGGUCGGUUGUAGGACAAUGUGACAAGAUAUGGACAAUAUCAUUGAACGAUGAAGCGCCACAGACGCCGCUUGUAAUGCUUCAUGGAAUGGGGGCAGGCGUGGCAUUGUGGUGCCCCAACUUAGACGCUCUGGCUGCCAAGAGACCAGUUUACGCUAUCGACUUAUUGGGCUUUGGCCGCAGUUCGCGACCGAAGUUUGCAACAGACGCUGAAAAAGUUGAAGCUCAAUGGGUCGAGUCGGUGGAAGAAUGGAGACGGGAAGUCAAGAUCAAUCACUUUAUCCUACUAGGUCAUAGUUUGGGAGGUUACAUUGCUACCGCCUACGCCCUCAAAUAUCCUGAUCGAGUACGUCACCUUAUCUUAGCCGAUCCGUGGGGAUUCCCCGAGAAACCUUCUAAUGUGUAUGAGAAGUACCAAGUGCCGUUUUGGGUCCGAACAGUGGCAAAAGUCUUGCAACCUCUCAACCCUCUUUGGGCGGUCAGAGCCGCGGGGCCGGCUGGCAAAUGGCUGGUCUCUAAGACCCGGCCGGACAUUUCAAGGAAAUUUAUGAAUUAUGUAGCUGAUGCAGAAACAGUUAUACCCGAAUACUUGUAUCAGUGCAAUUCGCAGACCCCAAGUGGUGAGAGCGCCUUCCACACACUGAUGCACGGUUUCGGAUGGGCAAAGAAUCCGAUGGUGCGUCGCGUCGACAAACUGCAUUCCGCCCUGCCCGUUACGGUGCUAUAUGGGUCUCGCUCCUGGGUGGACAAUACUACGGGGCAACAGCUGGCACAGCAUCGCCCAGAUUCCGAUACUACCGUCCAGGUGAUCAACGGUGCGGGUCAUCACAUAUACCUCGAUAAACCAGAUCUAUUCAAUAAAUACGUUAACGAAGCGUGCGCACGCGCAGAUGCGGACACGACGUUUGCGACUCGAAUCGAAAAAAUGGAGUCAUGUAGCGAGAAACGAAGUUCGGGUGACACGCAACCAGAUAUAGAACCCAAAUGUGAUAACACGAACCAAGCGUCUUCAUCCUGAUAGAUUAUGAAAUUAGGGAAUUUACCGCAAUGCCUCAUAGGUUAGAGCGAACGAAAAUCAGUAUUUAUGCGCGCACAUAUUAAUGGGCCAAUGUCCACUAAUGCAAACUUUAUUUUCUACUGACGUUAAUAGUAAUUGUGAAAACUGACAAGUAUUUUGUAAAAUGGCUAUUCGGGAACGUUUAGUCUAAAGCUGUGAUAAUUCUGAUGUUCAAAUGUAUAGACUAAAAAUCUCUCAGAGAUAAAAGAGCAUUUUUAAUCUGUUGUGUGUACCAUAAAAUAUUUUCUACUAUUUUUCAUCCAUCGGAAUUAGCACCCUUCUCUCCAAUUGUAUUGUUAUAUUAUUUUGAAAAGCCUUAUAUUUAAUACCUAAAAAGUGUACAUGAUGGGAAUAUAUAAAAAUUGUAAAAUAAAUAAUGGCAUGUGAGCUUAAAAAAUACUUUAAAAGUAGUAUUUAGAGCGUUGUAAAAGAUUAAAUUGAAAUAGGCCUUAUAUACAAUUACCAUACAGACAUUUCUGCCCAAUUCUCCACUUUCGGCCACUAACUGAAGGUAGUUUCAAAUAGCGAUAGUUAACGUUUUUAUAAUUUAUAUAAUGUUACUUAAUCAUGUUUGGUUAUGUUAUAGUUAAUUUUGGUUAAAUAGUAAAAUUUAUUUAUUGCUUUUCCACACUGUUACAAAUCUAAAAAUAAAAGUGUUUUAUUAAA